AACUCUUUUAGCUUAACCACCAAAUUCUGAUCAGUUGCUUUUAGAGUCAGAUUGCAAGUGGUUGUAUUUGCUGUUGUUCCACAGAAAGCAUUGCUAAGGGCAUAACGAAAAUCAAACAGCAACAUUUUCAAUCAUGGCAUAUGGAGCCACAUUAAUUCUGAGCUUCUGCAUCCUUCUGAUGCAGUUGUUGCAGCUGGAUUGUCAUCCACCUCCUCUAGAUCCAGAAGUCAGAGCACACUUGGAAGCCAAGGUUAUGUCAUCCAUGUCUCUGAAAGAGCUGGAGGAAAUGGUCGAGAAAGAUGAAAGAGUUUUGAAUGUUCCUAAGUCCAAAUUCGUCAUUGUUCCAAAACCAAAACACAGUGAUGGAGAAUAUGGGCCCGAAGACUUCGAUCGUAAAGCCUACAUCAUCCAAAGGAAAUCCAAGAAAUACCCAAAGAAGGCAACAAGUGAACGAAUCGGAUAUGGAUUCCCAGAAAAAGCUGAAGACAUUUAUGGAAGGUCAUCAUAUGAACCUAAACUUUUCUUCGAAAGUGCUUUCAAGUACGAUGAGCAAUUUCCUUCCCUUUUUGGAAUUGCUGAUUUGGAAUCAGCAGGUUCAAGCCCAGUGAAGCAAUUCUACGAAUCUAUAGUAGAAAAGGUAGUACACGAGAAUAAGAAUCAAUAUGGUAAAGAUCCAUUUGCAUUUCUAGAGGCAGCUGCAAGUGAAGAUAUUCCUUUGUACACCCCACGUUUUAAUUACGAUGCUUAUUCAAAAGAUUCUACAGAAACCAAACUUAAAGGUAAACCCUACUGGAAAGAUGGUCCUGAGCGACGUGAAGAAGACGAUGUCGAUGAGAAAGGCUGCAGAACUAUUGUCAAAAAGAUAGUAGAUCCUGAAGAAAAGAAGAAAACUGGUAAAGCGGAAGCCAAAAGUGUCAUCAUUACUAAAGAGUGCGAAUAUCCAAAUGUGGAAGGACCUGAUGCAAAAAUACCAGAAAUGCCUUCUAAUCUUAGAAUGAGCUCAUCUCCACUCGAUUCUCAGCCAUCUAUUCAUUAUGACAGCGAAUUACCUUCUUAUGAAAGUUCAAGACCAGUCGAACUUGACGCUCCAAAAUCAAGCGAUCCACUCGAGCCAGACUAUAUCGACCGAAUGCUGGAAACCCACUUCAAGAGUUUUCCAACUUUUAGCAACCCAAUAACAUCAUUCAAAGGAUAUCAGGACCGGUUCAACCUUCGCACGCCAUCUGGCUUCAAAGACAUAAAACCAACAAUUGAUGUGCAUUCGUACGAAUACUCCCAUCCAAAAUCUGGCUUCGACAAAGAGAAUGAGAGGGAAUCUGAUUCCAGAAGUUUGAAAAAUGAAUCUCCCGUUACGUACGAGCGUCAACAGCAGUAUGAACAAGAAGAUAAUUCACCAAGGGAAGCAGAACCCAUUUAUAGAAAAUCCGGCUCACCCAAAGCUUAUGAGCAUCACUAUCAUUAUGACUAUCCCGAAAAAAAAGCACAACCAGAAAGUUAUGAUGACCAGAAGGAAUCUGAGGGAGAAUCUAAACAUUCAGAGAAGAAAGAUCCAAAAAUGAUGAAAAAAAGCUUUGCUUAUUAUCGAAAGGAUAACCCCAAACAGGAUCCCAAUGACCAGCAGUACGCUGAAGAAUACGCCCAAGGAAGCUUCAGAAGCUUUUCAUCCGACUACGACAGUGAAAGGGAUGGACCUAAAAAGGCUUGAUUGAUUUCAGAAGUACUGUCUAAUCGCCAGUCCCUUGUACCACAGCACCAGAUAUUGAUGUAGAAUCUUACACUCAUAUAUCUUAGAAAUAGUAAUAAGGAAAAACUCUUCAUCGAUCUUUUAGCCAUUCAUGACAAAUUAUAUAUAUUUUUUUUACAAUAUAGUCUUCUAAAAAUAUAUUUGAGAAAGCAUCCAUUUGUUUUCAUAUUGAUAAA